GAUUAGUCAAAGCUGCCGAGAAGGUAACACAUUCUUGUGGCUUUGUAGACGAAUCCGUCUGAGACACUACUUGAAACGACAAUUUCCAAGUACUUCCCCAAAAAUGAAUUCGCUUUUGAGUUUGUUGCUGAGCCUAUUGGCCGUGUUUGGUGCUGAGGCCGCUUACAUGACCAGCUUUGAUCAGCAGUUUGAUUUUAUCUGUCCAAGAGGUGAAGCCCUGAGCUACAUCGGCAGUGAAAACAGCAACGUAUUCCAGGAUCGGGUGUGGGAGUUUCGGUGCCGUAAUGCCCAGGUUUCACGCACCUGUUUUAAAAGUGACUACGUGAACGAGUUUGACCAACUUCUGGCCUACAUGUGCCCCGACAGCUACGUUUUGACGGGCGUGGAGAGUUACAACGACAACGCCUUUUCCGACCGCAGGUUCAAAUUCCAGUGCUGCAAGCCCCACAACGCAAGACUCAACAACUGUACCCUCACCGAGGCCUUGAACAAGUACGAUGCGAAUUUCGAAUACACUGUCCCUGCUGGUCGCGUGAUCCGUGGAAUUUUCAGCGCCCACAGUGAUUGGUUUGAAGAUCGUGUAUGGAAACUGUACACCUGUAGGAUAUAGACAGCUCCUGCUGUGGAAGCUGUACAUCUGUAGGAUAUAGACAGCACCUGCUGUGGAAGAUGUAAGCUUGCAAACUGUAGAAUUGAGUUUCUUGUUAGCUGUUGUUAAUACAAAACAUGCUAAUAGAAAAAAUGUGCAGAUAUAAAUGGC